UCUUCAUCCUGUCUCCACAUCCUCCUCGCGCUCCAGCGUUCCGGCGGGAAGCGCGCGCCGAGCCGAUCCGAGCGCCCAGGAAUCGCCUCAGAUUUCUGUUUAUUUCUAUUUUGUUUGUUUUUUUUUUAUUACCACAAAUGAAACUCUGAGGUGAAUCUCUCUGCAGACACACAGGAUUAAAGCCUGAAAUGAGGAAUGAUAUGAUACGAGUCGUCAGAUAAGUAUGCUUUUGGGGGAGACUUUUUUUUGCCAACGCGAAUACGGUGACGCUGAUUCCGCGUCUCUUCCUGAAGAACGGCUUCUCCCGAAAUUACUUCAGAUCAAUUCACAAGUCUGGAUUCUCUGACGCGACUGUGCUGGUGGUGUUUUUUUUUUUGUAUUUUUUAUAUUUUUAUUUUUCAUCUAACUCUUGCGUAAUUCUGUUACAGACGUUUAACAACAAGACAAGAGAGGGCUUGGUGAUGGAGGAGGAGAAGAAAACGGUCACUUAACGGAUUUUCUUCAUCGACGUGAAGGGAUUGUGUUGCUUCAGCUGCUGCUGUAACGUUAAUGUUAUCGUUCACGCUAGUUCUUGGGUUCUUGUUGCGUUUCUCAUCUCUUCAUGACCGGAUUGUAUAUGUGAAAGAAGAGGCUGUGUCUGUGCCGGUUUGGGUUUUUUUUUUUUUUUCUUCUCUUUUACAGCGACCCGGCUAAUCUCCAUCCUUAUACCAAGAACACACACACACACACACACACACUGAGGAGACGUGAAGUGAAGAAGGAAACCUAAAGUGGUCCACGGAGAUCAAGAUGCUACCUGUCUGGGGCAUCAUGGACUUUUCAGCAGGAUUGUAUCUGCUAUGGGUGUUCGUGUUGAACUUUGGGCAUGGCACACUGGGGGGAAUAUUGUACCGUGUGCGUGAGGAACAGCCACCGAGCACCCUGAUAGGAAGUUUGGCGGCUGAUCAGGGAUUACCUGACUCCGGACAUCUGUACAAGCUUGAGGUGGGCGCCCCUUACCUGCGGGUGGACGGAAAAACAGGGGAAAUAUUCACCACCGAGAUUCCCAUAGAUAGAGAGACGCUGAAGGAUUGUCGGAUGAAAGGGAAGCCGUGCUUUUUGGAGUUUGAGGUGUCUGUCACAGAUCUCAUCCAAAACCAAAGCCCCAGGCUGAUUGAAGGCCGGAUUGAGGUGCUGGACAUAAAUGAUAACACCCCGCAGUUUCCGUCACCUGUCCUCACUCUGUCUGUGCAGGAAAACACUCACAUGGGAGCGACAUUUUCCAUCCCUCUGGCCACUGACAAAGAUACAGAGCGUAAUGGUGUAGCUGACUAUACCCUCAGUGCGGGACCAGAGGCUGUUUCACUCUUUGGUCUACAAGUGGCAGAUGACAGGGGUGAGAAAUUGCCUCAGCUUAUUGUGAUGGGAAACCUGGACCGGGAGUUGAAAGACUCCUAUGACCUCACCAUUAAAGCAGUGGAUGGCGGAAGCCCAUCUCGUUACAGUAGUGCCUUGCUGAGAGUCGUCGUCACUGAUGCCAAUGACAAUGCACCCAAGUUUGAGAAAUCGUCCUAUGAAGCAGAGGUUUCAGAAAACAGUCCGGUUGGACACUCUGUAUUACAGGUUAAGGCUAAUGACUCAGACAUGGGCCCAAAUGGUGAAAUCGAAUACAUCAUUCAUCAAGCCAGUGAUCCAGUGCCGAAGCUGCUACAGAUUGACCAUUCCACAGGCAUCAUAUAUGUCAAAGGUCCGUUGGAUCGUGAGGAGAUCAACAACUUGAAGUUUCACGUUAUUGCACGGGACAAAGGUCCCUCGCCUAAAAGCUCAACAACAUAUGUUUCUGUUGAAGUAACCGACCAAAAUGAUAAUGCGCCAGCUGUGGAGAUCCGUGGAAUUGGCCUUAGGACCCAUAGUGAUGGGGUGGCAAACAUCUCAGAGGACAUGCCAGUGGGCACUGCAGUGGCACUGGUGCAAGUGUCAGAUAAGGAUGAGGGAGAAAACGCUGUGGUGACCUGUGUGGUAGCGGGAGAUGUUCCAUUCCAGCUCCGACCUGCUGGUGAUUCGUCUAUUGAUAACAAGAAAAAGUAUUUUCUGCAGACGACCACACCUCUGGACUAUGAGCGAAUCAGGGACUACCGCGUGGAGAUAGUCGCUGUGGACUCAGGCAACCCAGCUCUGUCAAGCACCAACUCCCUAAAAGUCCAGGUGACUGACGUGAAUGACAAUUCUCCCAUAUUCUCACCUCCAGUGUUUGAAAUAGAGUUUGCCGAAGAGAACCAGCCUGGAGAGAAGGUUCUUGAUGUUAUUGCCGUAGAUGCAGACAGUGGCACCAACGCAGAACUCAUCUACAGCAUUAUUGCGGACUCCUCGAUAAGGGGGCUCUUUGAGAUUGACCCCAGUACAGGCGAAGUACGAGCAAGGAGCCCACUUGACCGUGAGCACAAAGAACGUUAUGAGUUCCGUGUUACUGCUUCCGACAAAGGUGUUCCUAGCCACAGGGGUACCGCUACCGUUGUGGUCAAAGUACUGGAUAGGAAUGAUAACGAUCCCAAGUUUAUGCUUAGUAGUUACAGCUUCUCUGUCUUGGAGAACAUGCCACCACUCAGCCCGGUGGGCAUGGUAACUGUAUUGGAUAUGGAUAAGGGAGAAAAUUCCCAAGUGCAGCUCUCGGUCGAACCAGAUGUUGGAAAGUUUGUAGUACAGAAUGGCACAGGAACAAUCCUUUCGAGUAUAUCCUUUGACCGGGAGAAAGAAAGCAGCUACAGUUUUCGACUUAAAGCAGUAGAUGGAGGAGAACCCCCUAGGUCAUCAUAUGUUGGUGUGACCAUCAACGUACUCGACGAGAAUGACAAUGCACCUGUUGUCACCAAACCUUCUAAUUCUUCUUUUAUACGUCUAUCUCCCCUGGCUGCACCUGAUAGCGUUGUCGAGGUGGUGGAGGCAGAAGACAUGGACUCUGGCUCCAACGCUGAGCUGUUCUACAGUAUUGCAGGUGGAAACCCCCAUGAGCUCUUUUAUAUAUCUUCCUCAGAUGGAGAGAUCAAACUAACAAAGGAACUGACUCGGAAACAUGGAGGUCUGCAUCGCUUGGUGGUUAAAGUAAGUGAUAGGGGUAAGCCUUCUCGCCAUGCAAUUGCAUUGGUGCACAUUUAUGUCAAUGAGACUAUUUCUAAUGUCAGCCUUGUGGAGGGUCUAGUGGGACAUAGCUUAUACACUCCACUGGACACAGACAUUGCGGGUGACCCUGACUAUGGCCUAGCUGCUCAGAGAAGCAACAUCCUCUACGGCAGUUUGGCUGGCGUGGCAGGAGUUGUCACAGUAAUCAUAGUGGUAGUCUUUAUCAGACAUCGCCUCCAGAGAGAAACCAAGAGUGGCUAUCAAGCUGGCAAAAAGGAAACCAAGGACUUGUAUGCACCGAAACAAGGACCAAAGAGCAUUAAGGGUAAAAAGGGGAGAAAGGGAAAGCCUCCAAAAUCACCCAAACCUCUUGGAGAAGAUGAAGAGGUCAGCCUUCAGAAGAGUCUGAAGUUUAACAUUGACGGGGUUAACGACAGCCCUAGAAUCCACCUGCCCUUGACCUACCCGCCUGGCAGCCCUGACUUGGGCAGGCAUUACCGUUCAAAUUCACCCUUGCCCUCCAUUCAGCUUCAGGCCCAGUCUCCAUCGGCCUCGCAGAAGCAUCAGGCUGUCCAGGAGCUCCCUGCCACCAAUACGUUUGUGGGAACAGAGCGAGAUGACAACUCUACUGGUUCAGACCAGUACUCGGAUUACAGCUACAAGACUAGUCAGCCAAAAUACAGCACAAAAUCGCUGCCGCACCGCAGAGUGACGUUCUCCACGGCCAAUCCGGUGCAGGACGCUCAGGACUCGUCCCAGCAGAGCUACUACGACAGUGGCCUGGAGGAGUCGGAGACACCCAGCAGCAAGAGUUCGUCAGGGCCUCGCCUCGGCCCGCUGGCACUGCCUGAGGAACACUACGAGAGAACCACGCCUGACGGCAGCAUCGGGGAAAUGGAGCACCCUGAAAAUGAUGUUCGGUCGCUUCCCGACGUCGCCAUGACGGGAACCUGCAGUCAGGAGUGCAGCGAGCUCGGCCACUCGGAUGCCUGCUGGAUGCCCGGUCAGCCUUCUCCCGCCCGCAAAACUCGCACGCUGCCCAAACUGUCCACGUUCGUGCCUUACCAGGAGAGGGGCGGGACCCUGGGACGACUGGCCAACGGCGAGCCCCGGCCCCGCCUCCCGCCCUCGCGCAGUGCCUACGCCCCCAGCGACCAUGCCCCCAGCGAUCACGUCCCCAUCGAGGAGGUGCCUCUGAGCGUCACCUCCGAGUUCCCGCCCACCAGUCCCACCUCUAACCACGCCCCCAAACGGGAAAUAUACCUGUGAACGAAUCAGCGCUUGAGAUUAGGAAUUGACCGAGAUUCAGAUCGACCUCCGCACCGAGGAACGGAACGAAGACGUCGCUCGAAUUGUAAAACCCGAGCCGAACUCAAAAACAAAACAAAACAAAAAAAGUGUGUUAGAGCUGUACGUUUAUUUAUAUUUAUAUUUAUUUAUUCACCUACGAAUUCAUCUAUUUAUUAUUUUUUUGCCCCCCCCCUCACCUUUUCCACCUUCCCUCUUCCUCUUCCUCCUCCUCCUCCUUCAUGCACCAUGACGAAAGCGCUCGAAGACUUUCUGAGUGACUUUAGCUUCGCUAGCCUGUGGAAUGUUUACUGGAUCUUUCCGAAACAGUGUGACCUGUGCUGUAGUGCCAUAAGCCUGAAGCUCUUGCUCGGCUUCUUCUACUUCUUCUUCUUCUUCUUCUUCUUCUCCGAGGCUCCGUUGUCGCCUUCCUGGACACUGGACUGGGAAUCGUUUCGGAGCGGUCUUAGUACAUGUACAGCGAUGUAAAGAGACGUUUCUAUGAUGUGUAGAUAUGAAUAUGAGGACCAGGCUUGAGCUGAGAUCAAAAAAAAAAAAGGUACAUUCCGAAUUUUUUUCCGAAUCAGCCUGAGGAGCGGGUGUCGGUGCUUCACCUUCAGCUCCACUUCAGCUUAGGUCUGUGUGUGUGUGUGUGUGUGUUUGCUAUGCUUGAAAGAUCUCUCAAACCGCUGUAUAGUGGGAGUGAUACUACAAGUCCUGUGUGUGUAAGUAUUAGUGUGUGUGUGUGUGUGUGUGUGUGUGUGUGAGUGAGCAUGUUUGCCACUGUGAACCCUUAACUCUAUCCAGAAGGUAAAGCAGGUAACGCAUCUCUAAUACACACAGCCUGCUGUUCCUUUCCAUCAGAGGGCGAGCUGGAAACGCUUCCCUUUUGAAAAAGAAUCAAACCCGACUCCACGCUGAGCCCGUGCAGGAUUAUGCGGCGAGACCGACCGUCCCGUCCCAUCACAGGGCCUCACUGUCUCGGCUGUUUUUUUGUUUUUUUUACUUGUGUCCUUUUUAAUCACUAUAAACCUGAAACCUCUUAAGAUCUGGAGAACUGUUUUUUUUCAAUGCCUUAAAAAAAAAAAAGAAGAUAUUUGUAUCUAACAAUCAUAACGGACGAUUUCGAUGAUCGAUAAUCCCGCCUGACCUCACGAGCAUGUCGGCUGUGCAUGUGUUUCCAGUCAGGAGUGACUCAAAGGUCACAAGCGAAAUGACAUGAAAUGAAGGGAAAUGGCCUCAAUCUAUUUAUCCGCCCUUUCCAUUUCCAUUGCCCCAGCGUCCUUUCCCUGAAUUGAACUGAUUUCUGGAUUAGCAUAAACAGCAGAACCGCGCAGUUACAGGAAGGACCACCCUUUUUCUAUGUGAUUACGGUAAUGACACGACAAGUGGCUACUUUUCUCUCUACGCGAAAACUGCAGUCUAGCACCGAGUUGUCGUCCGAGCCGCUUAAGCCCGGGAGCGUCACGGUGCGUUAUGAUAUCUUCAUCACGGCGCUAAGGUGACCUCCGUGGCGCAUGUCUGCGUGUAUGUGAGUGUGAGUAUGUGAGAGAGAGAGAGAGAGAGAGCAGUUGCAGUGCAGUGGCCAUAGAACUAAUUAGAAGCUGCUGUGUGUGUGUGUGUGUGUGUGUGUGUGUAUGUGUGUGUGUGUGCGCUUGUAUGCGUGUGAGAGCGCGAACCCUCAGAGCUGGGAGACGAUCACCACACUAACUCACAGCUCCUACCUCAUCGGCGCCCCCUCUGGCACCUUUCGGAGAAUAAUUAACACACAGAACAUAUGGACACGACUGUGAUUCAAUAAGGCGACCCGUUACGGCGCCUUGCGGAAUAAAAGCACAUUACGCUGUUCUUUGAAGCCAUUUCAUGACUGUGAUGAUGAAAUAGAUAAAUAAAUAAAUAAAAGUGCAUAACUACAGCGGGAGGCGUAUUAUGAUCUGGCGUAAUUAGGGCUUCUCGUUCGUUCGUUCGUCUGCGUGCCCAGCUCUGAUGCAGACAAACUCAAGUUCUCGGACCUAAAGAAUCCGAUCGUGUGCGUUUCAAAAAUACCACGGGGCCGAGACUUGCUUUUUUCUUCUUUCUCAAGUUAGAGGGAAAAAUCCACCCUGAACAUCUCGGAGUUUCUCGAAUCUUUAUCAUUAACAACAGCAUCAAGAUUCGUCUUGCUAACGGUUUACAGCGUAAAGGUUUGCUACAUUGUUUACUGAUAACCCUGGUAACAAAAGUGACACCGCAGCGCUUCAGUUAUUUCCUCUCUCCAGGUGUCUCACUUCGCUUUAGACUUCAUGCUAACGCCAACGUUAUCUCGUAGAUCGCCGACUAGCCAUGCGGAGUUUCUUCUAAUUAGAGUGGACUUUGGGUCCACGGUGUCACCACUGCUUUGAUUUUUGGUUUCUCUUUAAUUAUAAUAAUAAUAAUAAUAAUAAUAAUAAUAAUAGAUUUUUUUUUUCUGAGAUAACAACUAAA